GAGCGGAACAUGGCUACUCGCUCCUUUAGUCGUUACGUCGAGGAAGAAAUGGGAAAGAUUCCGCACUUCAUGAUCUUCGCUGUGCUCGAAUGGGUUUUGAUAAUCUUGCUUUUUAUCGAUGGGCUUCUUGCAUUUGCCGCCAAUGAGUUCGCCAGGUUCUUCGAGCUGAGGAUUCCGUGCUUGCUUUGCACCAGACUCGACCACGUUUUGGUUCACAGGAACCCAGAUUUCUAUUACAAUGAUUCCAUUUGUGAGUCCCACAAGAAGGAUGUCUCAUGUUUGGCGUUUUGCCACAAUCACAGGAAACUCUCCGAUAUUAAGAAGAUGUGCGAAAGCUGCCUCCUUUCCUUCGCCACAGAAAAAGAAUCGGAUUGCGAUACGUACAAAUCUCUUGUUGGGAUUCUCCACAAGGAUCUGGAAUGCUUCGUUGAGGAUGACCAGCAGAUUCAACUGAGCUUGAGAGAUGAUGGUAUGCCCCUAGAGAAAAGCAGUACGCAAAAGUGUUCGUGCUGUGGGAAGCCAUUAAGGGCAAAAUCUUCUUAUCCUAAAGGGAAAAUUGUUUCCUCACACGCUCCUACUCCUUCACCUCGAGCUCAUCCUCAUGCAACAUCGAGGACUGAGGAAUCUCGUGGUUUUGAAUUACCUCAAACCCCAAAAUUCCGAUUGGCAGACACCAAGAUUAGUGAUUCAGAAGCCACUGAAGAUGAGGAACUGAACAAAACCCCAACUUUUAUGAGGGGCAACAAGUUCUUUGGGAUUCCGCUUGCAGAUGCUGCAAACUAUAUCCCCAGAUCAUGGUCAUUCAAACCCAAUAGGAAAUCCGCAUCUGGUGAAUCCACUGAGGGGCAAGGUCAUUUUGAAGCAGAGGAUGCCAUCUUGAACCAUUUGAAGAGACGUGUUCGCUUGGAUCGCAAGUCACUCAUGGCUUUGUACAUGGAGCUCGAUGAAGAAAGAAGCGCUUCAGCUGUUGCUGCUAACAAUGCAAUGGCAAUGAUCACACGAUUGCAGGCGGAGAAGGCUGCCGUGCAGAUGGAAGCUUUGCAGUACCAGAGAAUGAUGGAGGAACAGGCAGAGUACGAUGAAGAAGCCCUGCAAGCAGCUAGUGAGAUGCUUAUAAGAAGAGAGGAUGAAAUCAAAGCUCUAGAGGCUGAAUUGGCCAUGUACAGAGAGAAAUAUGGGUGCUUAUCAGAAGAUGAUUUUAAGGAUUUAAUGAGAGAUCUACAUGAAGAUUCCCAGGAGUUCAGAUUUCAGCCUUACUUAUCUCAUCAUGGAAGCAUGGGCUCUCCUCCCAUCUUCAGUGAAGGUGAGGAUAAUGGAGAAAAAGGCCACAAAUUUCAUCAAGCAAUGUCAGCUCAGGCGGAUAGUGGCGGGGCAAGGCCAAGCGAGUCACUUAGAGACAUAAAAGGGGACAAAUCACAUCUUCUAAACCGGAUAAAGAAACUGGAUACUAGAAAUCACAUAGUAGACAAUGGGUUUCAGUUCCCACCAUGUACUUCUGACAGUACAAGCGUUGUAGAAAAUGGGACAGAUAAAGCAAGUGAAGCCUCCUUGACAUCACUUACUGAUAUUGUGAAGGCUCUUGAAGCAGACAGUAGGUUUUUAGAGCUUGUUGGCAAGCAGCAUGAAGAACAAAGCGAAGAAUCCGAAAUUUUGACAGCCAUAUCAGAGAAUCUAGAGAAGCUCCGGCACCUUGUAAUGAAUUCUCCCAAGACAUCCCCUAAGGCAUAUACAGAGGUGGACCUUGCAUGUCCACCAUCUUUGUGAUCCUACCUG